CCUCCUCCUCCCCAAUGCGUCAAACACUUGACCUGCACUCCGACAGCGGCGGUGGCGUCCCAAUCCAAUCCACCCCCGGCACCCACCCAAUGCGGCUGCUGAGAAGGAUCCGGCUGCUUCUAGUGAGUUUCGUUCGCUCCAUGGCUUUCCAAAUCGCAGUUCAGGUCUUCUGCCCCCCCUCGUCCCCCUCCUUGCUCCUGCUCUGUGCUUGGGUGCGUGUUGCUAGCUAGGAUCUUCUUGGAUUGAGAAAUCUUGGUCCUUUCAGUCAUCGAGGAAGGUUUUGAGACCAUGACAUGGAAGUUAGCAGUAGCGGGUUAUGUUUUAUAGCACAAGGAGCAUCUGUGUAGCUAAAAGAAUUGCUUUCAAUGGAGCUUGAAGCCACUCCGGACAAUGAAGUAUUCAGUUCAAAUGAUGAGAUGCAGGAGUUGUGGCCACUGGGAGAAGUAGACCCAAAGAGAGCAAGGUUCCCUUGUUGCAUUGUCUGGACUCCUCUUCCUGUAGUUUCUUGGCUGGUUCCCUACAUAGGGCAUGUGGGGAUUGCCCGGGAGGAUGGAACUGUCUUGGACUUUGCAGGUUCGAAUUUGGUGAGUGUGGACGAUCUUGCUUAUGGUUCUGCAGCAAGAUGCCUUCAGCUUGACAUGAAGAAGUGCUGCUUCCCUGCCAACCUCGCGGCGCACGUGUGCGCGAGGUCCCACGAGCACUCGGAGGCCGGGACGGCGGUGUCGUGGGACGACGCGCUGCGGUCGGAGGCGCGGCGGUUCGAGCACAAGUGCUACAACCUCUUCACCUGCAACAGCCACUCCUUCGUGGCAGACUGCCUGAACCGGCUCGCCUACGGGGGAUCCGUGGGGUGGAACGUGCUGAACCUGGCGGCGCUCGUCUGGCUGCGCGGCCGCUGGCUGGACCGGACGGCCGCCGUCCGGUCGUUCCUCCCGUUCGCUGCCGUCUCCUGCGUCGGCGUCUUCAUGGCCGGCUGGUCGUUCCUCCUGGGCAUGGCCGCCUUCUCGCUGCUCCUGCUCGGCUGGUUCGUGCUCGGCGUCUACUGCUUGAAGGGCCUCGUCGGCUGACCGACAUUGAUCGCGGAGUCACGGUCACGGCUUGGCUGGCUGAGCAUCGGGCUCGAGUGAGAGCGAGCCCGGGGGAGACUGAAUUUUUUUAGCCUGUUUUGAUAGGGGUUCGGCAGGAACUUAAAUAUAUUUAUAAAUUUAUACAGUCUAGAGCAAUCCUCAUCUUUCGAACAAGAGUAGAAUAAAUAAAAACUAAAAAAGUGCAUUGAAAUGUGACCGACGGAGAUUUCAUAGUUUUAUA